UCCCGACCGUUCAUUUUUCAGGAGAACGAUCCCCGAAGGUAGUAUGCGAAAGUAUAAACCCGUAGGCAAGAAGGCCAAGCCGGUCUCGAUCCUAGUGGAAACGUCAAAGGAAGAGGCCAUGGAGAAGGAGGAGGAAAUCUUGCGGGUAAUAAGGGAGAGGCGAGCAACGGAAGGGCAUCGCAUACCAGAGGAGGUAGCAGAUACUAUGAAAAUAGGAGUGGAAGGGUUUCUAACAGCGAAAGAAACUCGGUUGAUAAGAAAAGCAUGUCAGGAGUUUCAUUUAGCUUUCGCCUUCAACGAUCAUCAGAAAGGACGAUUGGACGCAAAGCUAGUUCCCCCUGUCAGGAUCCACACCGUACAACACGAGUGUUGGAAUGAUAAAGGGUCCGCCUACGAGUUUGGGGUAGCAGCGGAGGUCACCGACCUGCUAAGAGCCAAAAUAGAUUCUUUCGUCGUUGAACCCACCGCAUCUCCCUACGUGAACAAGUGGUUCGUGUUCAGGAAGCCCAAUAAGACACUCAGGUGGAUCCAGGACCUGGAGAAGCUCAAUGCGGUAACAAUUAGGGACGCAGGCUCGCUUCCACAGGCCGACUUAUUGGCAGAAUCUCAUGCAGGGCGGAGCAUUUACUCCCUGGUAGACUUGUACUCAGGAUAUGAUCACUUGCCGCUCGAUGCGAGGGAUAGACCGUAUACCACAAUGCACACCCCGGUAGGACAGCUGCAGAUGAAAGUGACCCCUAUGGGCUUCACAAAUGCGGUAGCAGAAGCUCAGAGGAGAAUGCUCGCCGUCGCAGGGGAUAUGUUUCCGGAAAAGUGUGAACCUUACAUAGAUGAUAAUCCCGUGAAAGUCGCAAGAUACAAAGAUGAGACGGAAGUGCAACCGGGAGUGCGAAAGUUCGUCUGGGACCACUUGCAGGAUAUUAAGGACUUACUCCAACGAUUCCUAGUCUACAACAUUACUGCAAGCGGACCCAAGAGCAUCCUGGCCGUCCCGGAAGUAACCAUACUGGGAUUUCGCUGUGGAGCCUAUGGGAGGAAACCCGAGCCAGCAAAGACUGAUAAGAUCUCUCAGUGGCCGACACCCCUGCGUACCACAACGGAAGUCACGUUAGCAGCACCCUGUUUCAAUGUCGAGGUAGGACGGCCCUUCAUCUUAGAAACAGACGGGGGACCAUUGGCAGUGGGAGGAGUAUUGAUACAGAGAAGCGAGAAGGGCCAAGAAAGACCAAUAAGAUUUGAAAGUAGGACCCUGAAUUCAGCAGAGCGACGGUAUUCGCAGUUCAAGAAGAAGGUCUUAGCAAUCCUGCAUUGUCUUAAGACCUUCCAGGCAUAUCUGUUCGGGAGGCGAUUUAUCCUAAGGAUCGAUCCCACCAACGUUGCUGGUGCCCUAAAGAACUACAAGCCCAUAAACCCGACUGUUGGCAGAUGGAUAGGCUUCAUAUGGCAAUUCGACUAUAAGGUCGAGCGAAUUGCAGGGCUUCGAAAUAGGGCAGAUGGGCUGAGCAGGGUUUGUAUCACGCCAGAAGGAGUAGAGGACGCAGAACCAAUUGACGCCUUCCUGGAGUACGAAGGAGGGACCCUUGUCGUGGAUAAUGAGAUGGCAGAUCCGACAACUGCAACAGGACAGUUGUUGAUUCAGACCUUGGAAAAGGGCGCACCUGCAGUAGUUGUAGAACUCAGGAAAGGACCAGUCACCACGGUUAGGCGUAAAGAGGAAAAAGACUCGUGGGGAGCAGAAGUAGGGGCCARAGAGGAAUUGAUGGCAAUGAUCGUGGAAGGGGGACGGGACGCCAUAAUGACAUUGGCCGAAACCUAGGCGCAGAAGGAGUGUCARUACCUAGUCAACCUCACUCGGGAGGAGCAAGGUGCGGAUCAGAACGAACAAGAAUUCUUCCUCAUACAAAUGUAUGAGGGCAUUUUCAAAGAAAUUGGUUUGCUGCUUGUAGGGAACAAACAACCCACGGAAGU